AUUUUGGCCUGUGAGGAACAAAAGAGUUGAGGCGGCUGUUGGUUUGGGAGCCGGUUGGAAGAGACUUACUAACCUGGAAAAAAUACUUUCUGGAGGAACAGUUCUGUGAGACUUGCCUUCACCACCGUCCCAUUGGUCUGUCUAAUGUCCUACAAGGAUGAGUCCGGCAUUUGGAGCUAUGGAAGUGGAGCAUUAUUCCAAAGGCGUCCUCCUGGAGCCUUUUGUUCACCAGGUUGGGGGUCACUCCUGUGUCCUCCGGUUUAAUGACAAGACCAUCUGUAAGCCCCUUAUUCAGAGAGAACAUCAGUUCUAUGAGACUCUUCCUGCUGAAAUGCAUAAAUUCACUCCUCAGUAUGAAGGUGUAGUAUCUGUAAGCUUUGAAGAGGAUGAAGAUGGAAACUUGUGUCUAAUAGCCUAUCCAUUAAAUGGAGAUCAUGAUAACUUGGAAAGUAUAGAUAAUUCUGACUGUGAACCCAAAAAUAAAUUGCUGCGGUGGAGUAAUAAAAAGACUCUUUUGCUAGAAAAUGAAAAGUUAACUAAAGAAUGGGUCAGGCAGCAUAGAAAAGAAGAAAAAAUGAAAAGUCACAAGUUAGAGGAAGAAUUUGAAUUGCUUAAGAAAUCCGAAGUAUUGUAUUAUAGUGUUGAGAAAAAGGGGAAUGUCAGUUCACAGUUUAAGCACCAUAAUCCUUGGAGUAUGAAGUGCCAUCAGCAGCAACUCCAGCAAAUGAAGGAAAAUGCAAAACAUCGAAAUCAAUAUAAAUUUAUUUUACUGGAAAACCUAACCUCACGAUAUGAGGUGCCGUGUGUGUUGGAUCUCAAGAUGGGGACCCGGCAGCACGGAGAUGAUGCAUCUGAAGAAAAGAAGGCCAAUCAGAUCCGGAAAUGCCAGCAGAGUACUUCAGCAGUUAUAGGAGUUCGUGUGUGUGGCAUGCAGGUUUAUCAGCCAGAUUCUGGCCACUUAAUGUUUAUGAAUAAAUAUCAUGGGAGAAAACUUUCAGUCCAAGGAUUUAAAGAAGCACUUUACCAGUUUUUUCAUAAUGGCAAAUAUUUGCGACGAGAACUCUUCGAACCUGUUCUAAAGAAACUAACUGAAUUAAAAUCAGUCUUAGAGAAGCAGGAAUCCUACCGCUUUUACUCCAGCUCUUUGCUGAUUAUUUAUGAUGGGAAGGAAUUACAAGAUGUUGUGGUGGACUCGGACCCAGAAGACAUUGAAGGUCUUUCAGAAGAAUCAUCAGAUGAAUCAGCACAUGCAUAUGCCUACAAGCCUACAAUUAGUUCCGUUGAUGUUCGAAUGAUAGACUUUGCCCACACUACAUGCCGGUAUUACGGAGAAGAUAGCGUGGUGCAUGAGGGCCAAGAUACGGGUUAUGUUUUUGGACUUCAAAACUUAAUACUUAUUAUUAAAGAAAUAAGGGACGAAAGUAGUGAAUAAAACAUUUAGAAUGCAAAACUGUAGAAAGCACUAUAAUGACUCUUUGUAUUCCAGAAAUACUGACCACUUUCUUGUGGUAGCAGCCUGUACAAUCUGUGUUGGGAUAGCCCCAUCAGAGUCAGAGCUGUUCAAAAGAGGGCAUUUCCAUUUAGUGGUGCUAGAUUUAGCACUGACACAACUGGGUAUCUUUAUUAUUUAUUUUAACUCUCGUAAACAUUCCAUAUUUGAUUAUCCAGAUACCUCCGUUAUUCCUGUGUGUAUAUGUAUCAAUAAAAUAUUUUUGUUCAUUGCAAAUGAUGAUGUCCUCUUUCUAAUCUGUCAGUCAUUUAUUAAAAUAUCCUGGAUCUUACUAUUACGUUACACACUCUAACUUUAAAUUG